ACACCUGCAUUUCUGUAAACGCGAGUCUCAUUCACAAAUAAAUAAGGGACAACCGAAACGCUAUUAAUCGUUUCCCUUGAUCAAUCAAUUUCACACCCCGAAUCCAUCACUUUCACCCCUCCUACCUGCUUCCGCUGGCACUUAACGUGACCCCUCGGUGACCCUUGGAGAGGAGCACCGCGUCCCCAUUGGCGGCCCCGACAGAAGGCGGAACUCCGAACUCCCCGCCCGCUCGAGAGACUUCAGCGUCGACUUCAGACUUCAGAAGAAAAUCGACUCGGUUAGUUUUCUGACUUCUGACGUUCUGGCAGUUCAAACAAAGUCAUUCAGUCACACGGACACGGAGGAAUCGACCAUGAGUCUGGACAUAGUGGACAUGAGCUGCAACGCGUACUCGGCGCCAGUUGACAACGGCACCCUUUACUACAGCAGGUACUACCCUUCACCGCAACACGAUUACUACGGGGGUGGAAGCGCCGGGGGCGCGUGGGCCGAUUGCUCGCCGACGAGCUCGGGUCGUUCGGUGUCGCCGUGCGACGAGUACCAGCCGCCGCUGAUCGGCGGCGCCGCCGAGUACCACCACCUGUCGAUGGCGCCGAUGACGACGUCGACGGCGGUGCCGGGGCUGGCGCCGGUGCGGACGGUGAAGCGGCGCUCGACGGCCAACAAGAAGGAGCGGCGCCGCACGCAGAGCAUCAACACAGCUUUCUCCUCCCUGCGCGAGCACAUCCCGGGCAUCCCGGGCGACACGAAGCUCUCCAAGAUCAAGACCCUGAAGCACGCAAUCGCCUACAUCAACCACCUGAUGGAAAUGCUCAACGGCGACAAAAUCUCCAUCGACACGGCCCGCAGCGCCUUCAGGGCCGACCUGCACGUCGCCGGCCGCCGCCAGGCCAGGCAACACCUCGGCCAACACCAACAGUCCGCCGCCUGCGACGAAUACAACACCGGCAGAUGUCCACAGCUGGAAAACAUCGAAAUGGUGGAGGUAGGCAGGAAAAACAAGGGCAGGACAGGCUGGCCGCAACACGUGUGGGUGCACAACGAGCUCAAGCAGUAAUUUUUGAGAAGCGUCCAGUGGAUUUCCGCGUUCUCGGUGGAGUGCAAUUCUCGAUGGACGCGCUUCCUGCUGUACUUAAAAUUCCUCGUCUCUGCGGCGUUUGUGUAAAAAUGUGAAUAGCGUACGUCAGUCGAUAGGUUUAAAUUUUCACAAGCACGAAAACGAACGAAAUAUUACAAAGAAAUGCCAAAGAAAUACUAAAAUAUAAAAGUGUACAACAAUAAUUUCGUGUAUUGAAAUUUUUGGUGUAAAGUUUCAUAAAAAUAAAAAUUGAAUUUAAACUUAA